AUGCUAUUCAGUAUGCCGAGGCAGUGGGUCUUCGGUUUCCUUCUUUUGCAGUUUAUUCUCUGCUAUUUUUAUUAUUACAUUUUUUCCCGUAAUGCAGCCGAUUUCGGCAAGGUAGACAAAGACAUGCAGUGGUUUGAUGGAAUCCGUGAAACUACUAUAAAAUUUCCUGAAGAAUCCUUGUUGAACUGGCGAUCACUACUGGAGGGAAAACAACUGACGGCCGAUGUCGACUGGACAAAAAUUGAACUAAAACCAUCGCCUAAAGCCGAGGACAUGAAUGAUAAGUGGAUUGUGCUCACUUCUAUAAAUGCCCCAACAAAGGAUGUGAAGAGGUUAGCUGCUAUCACGGGUUGGAAAGUUGUUAUAGUCGGAGAUAAAAAGACUCCACAGGAUUGGAGGUAAGUAGAUGUGUCGUUACCUAUGAGCUGUUUCUCGACGGUCUCAUUCUGUAAAUAUUUUCUGUGCGAAGAAGCCCCAGCUUUCAUUUUCAACCGACUUUACGCACAUGAUAGCCUGAGAAAACAGCCGACAUUACUUUGGCGACGCUACCACGGGUGAAAUAAAGAGUUUGAAACUUAGGCACGGUUCAAACGUCGAACUUAACAUGUUCGGCACAUGUAAAGUUCGACGUAUGAAUCAAUUAGGAACAGCACUUUUGUAUUUGGGUCGACUCUGCCAUUCUAUUCGACUGAGCUUGUCGAAUAGAACGGCAAAAGAUCUACUUCGAUUCAUACGUCGUACUUCACAUGUGCCGAACCUAAUGGAAUUGCAUAAAUUAUGGUAACAUAUUUAACAAUAAUUAAUGAAUGAGGCUGAGUAUCUUAUGAAGAAUUAUGGAGAUCGAGGAGGGUGUUAUCAGCCGAGGCAGAUAACACCCUCCGAGAUCUCCAUAAUGCUUCAUAUCAUAUGAAAGCCGAAUUCAAUAAUUGUUUUAUUAUUCAUUCAAAAUAAUGGCUAAGACAUGCUUACCUCCAUCGAUCCAUCGAUGUUAAGUUCAUCUUCGAUAGUGCACCUUUAGGUUUGUCCAGGUCCGCAAAUAUUCUCCAAAUAGCAGAUGUCGCCGUUCAAGUUGUCUUGUUGCUGUUCUUGCCAUGUUUUUAACUAUUUGUUUGCCCAGUUCUUACUCUUGAAACGAGUGAAAUGUCCGCCAUUUUUUGUUUUCACGACCAAAACAACUCAACCUUGUCCCUAGGUCUUCUCGGUUAACGGUGCCUUAACCUGCACGAACGCUGCAUUUUUGAUGUUAUUUCCUUGUUAAACACAAAAUUCUUCCAAAUUUGGUCAUCAGUAACUGGUUAUGGUGAAUUAUGCUUGUGCUUUUAGCCAAUCAGAAUUGGGGAAAUAUUUUGAAUAAAUAAUAAUUUUCAAUAACCGCGCUUCUGAUUGGCUAAUUAGUGGGUUUUGGCGCCUGUGCUGACAGAACUCACAGAUGCGUAACAACGGUUAUGGUCUGGUUACCAGCAUUCAUGUUGUAGAUUUUUAGACCGAAACUGGGCAGCUCAAAAUGGUCUUCUAAUGAGUCGCUUUUCUUUGUAUCCAUAAAGAAAUCAUAAUGUAAUUUAAAAUUUAUUGUGUUACUUUAUUUUGUUCAAAAUAAAUAUCCCGAUCACGAUCUCCUCAGCUAUCUCUUCCCAUCACAGAGCACAAAUCACACUAAAAUCAAAACAAGAAUUUACAGGUUUGGUGAAUUUUACUUUUUUCAGUUUAUUUCCCUAUUUUAAGCAGUAAGGAUGAUAUUUCUUUUCGCCACGUAUUAGGUUCGGCACAUGUAAAGUUCGACCAUCUGAAUCAACAGUCGAACUGAAUAGUUUGGGUCGACCUAAAUAGGUAUUAGGUUUGGCACAUGUAAAGUUCAACGUUUAAACCGGGCCUUAGAUGAAAUAAAUGAAGUAAAAGUGAUAAAAGUUACCAAUAAAGUGUAAAUAUUGUUACCUGGAGUCAUUGUCUUUGUUUUUACGAAGUUUCAGUGCGAUCUGAGUUCUUUUACAUCAUCUCACCUGACAGUGUCACUGUCUGAAAGAGGAAUACAGAAAUUCAAUACUGAUGACAGGUCACUACCCAGAUCUGGGUAGUACUUGUGAUUAGUCUGCAGUGUGGGAAAUUUGAUUCAACCAAUCACAAGCACUACCCAGAUCUGGGUAGUGAUGGGUCGUCAGUAUGGAAUUUCUGUGCUCGCUUCUCAGACGUCUUUUGGCGGGGAAACCAGUGGUAGCAUUGCCAAAUGUUGGCUGUUUUCUCAGGCUACACGCAUGAUAGGUUAUGCUUACUUUUGUCGACCAAUCAUUAUUUGCUGAUGAUGCUGUAAUGUAUCGUGAUAAAAAAUUAUUCCUAGGAUGAAGUCAUAUUUCAAAAUUACUUUGACUCUAUUACUUACUGGGCCAAUACCUGGCAAAUGAGCCUUAAGGUCGUUCCUAAACUUUCCCUAUGGGAAAUUUAGUACAUGUGGACUGUGGCAAUGAAAUAGAAUAUGGGGGUCCCCUUGCUAACUAUUGAGAUACGAUGGGUGCAAAUACCCCCCUCUUAGAGCAUUUGUUGUCAAUUUAUGCUCAUUCUUAAGACUAUAGUUUCUUUAUUUGUAAAGCCAAAAAAAAAUUUACAGAUACAAAGAACACCAAGCAUUCAAGUUGGAUUUUGAGGAACUCUUAUUGUGCUUGCUACUACAAAAGUUCAUUACAAUUGUGUACUUUUUUGUUAAAAUUGUGGCCAUGGUUACCAAACCUAAAGUAAAACUUAUGAUUUCAGAUGACAUUGUUCCCUAUUUUUUCACAUAUUUCCAUCGCUGAAAGUUUGCUUAUUCUUUGUCUAUGUAAAGUUUGGUGCCAAAAGGAUUAACUGAAAUGAAAAAAAGGGGGGGUCACCAUGCUUGCCUUAGGAUUAGGGUAAUAUUUUGAUACUCAGGUGCCUCUCACAAAUUUUAUUGAAUUUUCUGUCAGAAACUAUUUAGGAGUCUACAACGAUGAAAUAAAAUCACUCCAGUAAAUACUCUGCAAGAACUUAGUUCAUCGUUAAGUAAAUAAGUUGGUUGGUAUCAGGGUUCUCGACAGGUUUUUUAAAGUAGUGGACAUAUUUCUUAAAGCACCUAAUGCAAAAUUUUUGGGUGGCACAAGGCACCUUGCAAGCACAGAAGGCGCAAGCUUCCUUAGGGGGGGGGUCUGGGGGGAUGCUGCCCCAGGAAAUUUUUAAAAUAGAACACUCAGAAACACCGUUUUCAGCGUUUCUGGAACCCGAGAUUCAGUUUCCCAGGAAAGGCUGGAGUUCACUCAAAUUCUGAGAAAUGGUGAGUCAAACAGUUGUUAUAAGUUGGCAAAUCAGCAUGUAAAUGUAAUAUUUAUUGUACCACAACAAUUCAUAAAAUCCAUAAUUCUGUGAGGUGCAUUUUGCUGAUGUCUUAUGAGUUGAAGAACUCCAAAUUCAAAAGAUCAGUUGAUCGCUUUCAGUAUCACAUGUGUUAAUUUUUUUCCUUGAAAUGCUGUGUAUCAUUUGUUUCUAUUUCAAACUCCGAAAGGUUUAAAAGUCAUAUUUUGAUUGUUGAUGAGGGAAAGAUAAGCUAAACCUUGUACAACAGUGACUGCAUUAGUAAAGAACCACCGUGAGACAUUGUUUUGGGUUUUUUUCAGUAAGGAAGGUAUUACCCUUUCCACUGCUCACCCUGAGAUGAAAGACUGAGUCAGACUCAUCAUGCCUGUAGAUUUAACCUUACAGCAGUACAUCAUUUUCUCUUGGCCUUCGAGGAAAAAAAUUGUUUAUUCUCUUUAGUUUCGACCAACACAUUUAGCGUGUUUUGCCUGGGGAUUUCCCUUAAGACCAAACAUGAAUGAUAACAAAAUGGUCACUCCAAUUUCAUUUAAAGGGAACCUCCACUCUUACUACAGAAUAAGUUUAAAUCGAAUAAAAUUCUGUUGAUAAACAAAUUUGUUCGAAAUUUGUCCUUAAAAAAAGUGUUUAUAUCAGGAAAAGUGAAUUUUAAAAUCGCUUAUUUUCACUUUCAAAUUUCACGGGCACCGCCAUCUUGAAUAAUUGUGACGUGUUACGGUUGCUCUAUUCUUCUGACACAAAGAGCUUUUGUUUAAUAACAAUAGGGCAACUGUAACACUUCACAAUUAUUCAAGAUGGCGACGCCCGCAAAAUUUGAAAACAAAAAUAGGCGAACCUAAAAGUUAUUUCUUUCGGACACAAACGCUUUCUUUAAAAAUAUUUUACAUUGACUUGACUGUAAUAUUUAUGUAAUAUUUGACAUAGGACCAAUAAUAUCCAGUUAUCCUGUUUUUGGUCGUUUGAGCCCUACAUUGUAUAAAAUACUAGUAUCAAUUUGUGGUGAUUUUCAAAGACCAGCAACAGAACGUACCUUCUAUGUACACCGAAAACUACAAUAAGGUCUCCCAAGGAAAACUACCAGCUUGAUGAGUCUUCAUUUUGCCACAUUCACUGUUUGGACAAGUUAGAUGUAGGAAUUUUACAAGCUGAGAUUUGUAUACUUGAAGUACAUCACAAUUCAAGCCAAAAUAAUUAUACAUUUCUUUUUUCACACAGACACAGCGACUUCCAUGUGUUUGGUGAACUAAUUAGUUUAUUGUUCCUCACAACUCACACUUCUUGGCACACUUUCAGCUACUUAAACCUGCAUUAUCACGCCGUCCUGAUUAAUUGCCUUUUUACAGUGUAUUUCUAAAUCAUAAAUCAUACUGUAUUAAAUUCGAAUAAAGGAGGGCUAUGUCAGUAAGAAAAUACAAGAGUGUCAACAAAGAAAUGAAAAACAAUGAUAAGCGACUGCUGGAUAAGCUGUGCGUGUAGUUGUUCGUGUUGUGUAUUCCAGCUGUAGGCUAAAUGACAUACCGUAAAAUUCCGAAAACAAGCCCCGGGGCUUAUAUUUUUCAAAGUCCCUUUUGGAGGGGCUUAUGUACAGAGGGGCUUAUCUACUGAGGGAAAUUUGCAUUUCAAAGUCGAUUGUGCUAGCUUUAUAUUUGGAAUAAAUUUACCGUUUUUGCUUUGUUUUCCUUUGUAUUUGAAGACAAUUUUCCAAGUACAAGCCCCCGUGGGGCUUAUAUUUGGAGGGGCGAUUUAACGGAGGGUUUUUUGCAUCACCGGUUUGAGAGGCUUAUAUUUGGAGGGGCUUAUUUUCAGAAUUUUACGGUAAUUGACAACAAACUUUUGAAAGAGCAAAGCAAUUAAAAAAAGCGACUGAAUCAAUCUCAUACAGCAAAAAGGGCAAACAGAACUGCAAACAGAGCAAAAAUGUCAAAAGUGCAGUGCAUAGAUGUGAAAGCAAGAUUGUGCUACUUACAGCAACGCUAUGAGUCAACUGUUUUGCAUUAUUUUAGCGGUUUACCCAGCUGAUUUGCUUCAUUCUCCCUUCAGAUAUUUUGUCUGAGCAUUUAUUUUUUAUAAAUUGCAAUUGCAAUAACGUUAUCAAAAUACAAAAAUAUGGAACAAGAUACUUCUACAAAAAAAAAAGUAUGAGAGAGAGAAAAAAAAACAAGUAUUAACACCAUGCUACUUCCACUAAUCUUGUCUGAAUAAUAAAAAUUAAUUCACUUUAAAGAACACUCUUUAAAGCGGCUAGUCUUGCUUGCUGGGAGAUUAUAAAAGAAAUGAGGAGGCAUUAAAUUCUAUGUGAAACAGGAUAUCCUCGCUAAAAAUUUUUCAUGUCUUAUUUAAUUUUUAUAUUGUAUUCAAUGAUUUUUGUUCCUGAAUUAAUCAAUUGUCCUGGUUGAGGCCAGUGAUGUUUUAGAUUAAUUUUUACUUUUUCUACUGAAAUGUUUGUUUGUUGUUGUUAUUGUUGUUGUUGUUAUUCCCCCCCCCCCCCAAAAAAAGUUAUAGUUUUACUCAGAGAAUACUCUUUUCAAAAGCUUAGCAUGUAAAAGAUGUUGCAUAAAAAAAGUACAUCAUUAUGGUGCCUUAACUACUUCCGGCUCCGAAUAUACAUGUAUCAUUCUAACAUUUUUAUUAGACAUACAUAAAUCACAGUAAGAGGGUACAGUACCUAAAUGUUGUGUUGCCACUGAAUGUUUUUUUGUACAGCCAUUUUAAAUUCAAAACAAUUUUGCAAAAUUCUUGAAGUAUUGUUUCUGUAUGCAGGAAACAUUAUUGUUCUGUGUUUUCUUAUUCAGCCAUCCCAAUUGUGUCUUCUUGAGUGUGGAGAAACAAAAGACCUUGGGUUACCGUAUCCAUGACCUGCUUCCUUACAAAAGCUACUCUCGGAAGAACAUGGGUUACCUCUAUGCCAUUCAACAUGGCGCAAAAAUGAUCUAUGAAACAGACGAUGAUAACUCGCCCACAGAAGGAAAAAUCACUUUCUAUCAGAAAGACUCUGGAAAAUUUUAUGUCUACAAGACUGAUUCUCCUAUGGUUAAUCCUUAUGAACACUUUGGACAAAGCACCAUUUGGCCUCGGGGGUACCCCCUGGAUUUCAUUAGCGAACCCCCGGCUCGAAAGUUUGUUGAAUGCGAAGGAGUGGACACAUCAGUGCAACAGGGUGUGGUAAAUGGAGAUCCAGAUGUAGAUGCAAUAUUUCGACUCACAAGAAAAGAUAAAGGUGUUGAUCUUGACGUAGAGUUUGAUGGCGAUGCCCCACCUGUUGUACUUCCCCAAGGUACCUUUGCUCCAUAUAAUUCUCAAAACACGCUGUUCUUGCACAGGGCUAUGUGGGGACUGCUGCUACCAGGAACGGUGACUCUUCGAGUAACUGACAUCUGGCGUGGCUACUGGAAUCAGCGGUUAAUGUGGGAUGUUGGAACACAACUGUCGUUUUUUGGACCAAAUGCUUACCAAUUUCGAAACGCACACAACUACUUGUUAGAUUUCAAAGAGGAGAAACUGCUUUAUUAUGAAGCCCCACGAAUGAUUAAGUUCUUAAAGGACUGGAAAUCUGACAAACCAGAUUUCUUCAGCAGAGCACUUGACCUAAGCAUUGCAUUUGCACAACAAGGCUUCUAUGGCUGGAAUGAUGCCAUGUUGACAGAAGCCUGGUUAACUGACUUGGUUAGUAUUGGGUACAAGAUGCCAGAUAUAGAUCCUCUUCCCAUGACAUGUAGAAAAGUCGUUGGUGACGAGAAGGAACUGCAUACAAAAGAGCAGCCGUCUUCAUAUCUACGUGCAGGGAAGAAUUUGAAAAGCUUAGUUUCCUAGACAGUUACAUAGCAUCCACCUGUACCUUGUUCUUGCUAAUUCCUAAGAUUUUGUAGCGCCACGCUGUUGCAUCUAAUCUCGAAAAUUUUGAGGGGAUAAAUUAGAGAGUAUUGAGCGGCAGUAAAGAUUUUCGUCGUGUAAAUCAACUGGUUUUUGUGAAAUUUCAUUUCAUAAAAACCAGUUGAUUUACACGAUGAAUCUGUGGUAGCCUCCGAUUCAGGCAAUUCCCUCAAGCAAAGAAGGAAAUAGGGUGGAAAUACAGUAAAACCCUUUGACUAUGAACCUGAAUUUUUCCAGUUUAGCCUGAACAGGUUCUUAUAUAAAUGGUAGUUAGCUCAAGUUUAGCCUAGUUAGGUUCCUAAAUAGGUUCUUCUUUUCUGAAGCAAAAAAACAUUAGCUAGGAGUAUAGUGGUUCAUCUUAUUCCUCAUAUAAAAUCUGCAUACAAUUACAUAAUAUUAUAUUUGCAGUUGUAGUGAUCGGCACCUGUGGCUCCAAAGAGAAUACUGAAUGUUGACUCACCUUAUUUGCCCUUUAGUAAACAGAAUUUUUCCAUAGGUUUUAGUAAAUAAGAACCUGUUUCAAAUCUUAGGCUAAACAGGUUCUUAUAUCGAGGGGGCUUAACUGGCAAAUUUUAGCGUAACAGGUUCUUAAAAUCCAGGUUCUCACAAUGUAGUUGCAAGGUUUUACUGCACGACUCCCCGAAAAACGCCUGUCUUGGAGACUAAAUAUGUUGUGCUUUAAGUUUUACAUUAAAAGCCAUUUUUAGGUACCCUAGUUAAGGUUGACCCAGAGGUCUCUCUGAGUCUAGCCUGAAUGGAUGUAAAAUUUACAAGUUUUUUUGCCACCAUAUAUAUAUUUAUAUUUUAAGUUUGCUAAGUAAUGUAAUGUAAUUAACUCAAUUACAAUUUUAGUAGUUAUGACAGGAGAAAAUAAGGGGCAGAGAGGAAGAUUAAUAAUUAAAAGGGGUUCACUUUGCAGGGUGCAAAGAAAGUCAUUUUUACAGCUUGCCAUUCAGGCAAGCUGAAGCUACAAUUUACUAGCCCAAAUGUCAUUUCAACUGGCCCAAAAAAACGUUUCGAUGAGCAGAUUGAUUUCACAGUUCUUCUGUAAUUUGAAUUCCUCAAAAAAUUCUUUUGCCCUUUGGCCAAGUUAAUAACAGAAUUCACUAGCCCGAUAGCAAAAUCCACUAGCCCCGGACUAUCGGAUGCAACUUUCUUUGCACGCUGCUUUGAUAUCAAUUUCAUGACUACAGUGGAACCCCGUUAAUGUGACCAUUGUUGGUCCAUAAAAUCCUGGUCAUGAUAACGAGAUAGUCGUAUUAACGGGAACCUCAAAUAUUAUUAAUUAUAUGACCAGUUUGGGUUGAAAGGUUGUGGCCUUAAUAAUGAGGCAGUCAUAAGGCGGUGCUCCACUGUAUUAUGAUUUACAAUCAUGUUAAAAAAAACAAAGUUUGUUUUCUGAGAUGUCUGGAGGGAGUGGCGGGAUUAAUUGUCACUUUAAGCACUGUUAAGAGUUAUGCACAUAAAAUGUGGAGUGUUACCUUUGCAGUGAAAUUUCACUUAAGUUUUGAAAAUUUUGAUGUCAUUUCUAUGGUGUCCAUGAGAGUACCGUCACCUUUCUCUAAGAUGGACAUCUUUGGGACUAGCACUAGUGUCCACUUUAGACAGAUGUCAAUCUUAUUUCUGGAGGGGGGAACUCCCAUAUAAAAGUGACAGGGAUGCUCAUCGUCUCACUUUGGGGUGUAAAUUGCAGAUGUUGGUCUCACUCAGGGUGUUUGGAAUGGAAAGUCACUGUAUUUGCCCAUCCCUUUAACCCUUUAAGCCUUAAUAUCCAAAUGCAAAUUCUCCAGACUGAUCUCCAUAUAUUUCGUUAAAGAAUAAGUUGAGAGAAUUUGUUUGUAGAUCAAAGCUUUUCCCCUCAGGUGAUGAUUUUAUUAACUCUCACGACAUUUUCUCUUGAUUAUGUAUGGAUAUUGUUGGGAGAAAAUUGACUUUGGUCACUCCUGGGACUUAAAGGGUUAAUAGUACUGUGCAUAAAGACCCCACGGAAAUCUUCUUUAGGGGUCAGUUUAAGCUUGAGCCACACCCACAUUGGUCUCCCCUAGGGGUUUCAUUUGAAUUUUCUGAUGAGCAUCCCCAUCACUUUUCUGUGGGAGUGCCCCCCCCGGGGUCUUUAAGAGAGCCAAAUAAAGGAAGUAAAGAAAGGGAGGGACCAACUCUAGGUGUCCGUUUUACAGAGGUGUCUGUCUUAUUGAGGUGUCCGUUAAGAGAGAGUUGACUGUAUGGACCAUGGACAGGUGCCGAUGGAAAAUUGUUGUGUGUUUGUUGAAAGGACAACAAUGCAAACUUAACACAUGCGCACAUAAGCAAAGCUUGUACACAUGAUAAAAUAUUUAUCGCACGUGCACAGGGACCUUCAAAAUAGUUUAUUGAUCUUUGCUGGUCGCUUUAAGGCACCAGAAAUAAUCGUCAUGCAUCCAUUACAAAGUGAAAAUAAAGGUUUUUGAAUGUUCUCU